UUUUAUUUUGAUUGCAAUAGAACAAUACUAUUUCAUGUGUAAGUCUCAUAACAAGUUAUAAAUGUAUGAAUAAUUAAUUCUUCUCUUGAUGCUUCCCAAUUUUUAAAUUUUAUUAAAAUACAAAAAUCAUGAACCGUCCAAGUUACAUUGAUACAUACAAUUUUAAGACACGUUUCAGUCAUGAUUAAAAUUAUACUUAUAACAUUUCCAAUUAUUAUAAAAAUAGCAGCCAAAUGGCCGGACCGAGAGAAUGACACGUUAGUUUUCAUAGCUAACCCGAUAGAAGCUAACAUGCCGGGCCAUUGGAUACCUCUCAGUGUUGUAAAAGCGAUACUAUCAAGACCUAAGCCAUCUAGCACAACAUUCAAAAAAUUAGUAUAUGAAGUAUCGUCGGAAAUAACAACGGUUACAACCGAAGAAACAACAAUUACAACUGAGACAACAAUAACCACCACUGAAGCAACAACAACUACUGAAAUACCUACAAUGGCUGGAGAAAAAACCACACCAACAACCACAACAACAACAGAGGCCACAACUAUACUAGUUUCAAGUCCUUUAUCAACACCAGAACCAACUACAACUACUACAACGGAAACUACUACUUCUGCGGCUCCAGCAACCACAGCAGAACCUACAACCACAACAGAACCAACAACAACAACAACUCCAACAACACCAACUACUACUACGACAACAGAACCAACAACUACGACAACAGAACCAACAACUACGACUAAAAGAGGACCCAAAAGACCACCUAAACCUGCUACUGACACUCAUGAAAACUUAAAUAAUUAAGAUAUUUUAGUUUCAAUACACAUACAUAUAUAUGAUAAUAA